CGACCCUCCUGGCUGUGCGCUUUUUGGGACCCGGAAUGGUCUCUGCAUUUUGACCGAAGCCCAAGUUUCCUUCAGUUUGAAGGCUGGGCACCGGGAAGGAGGAUCGGAGGGGCCUGGACUCGCUGCGAGAAGCCGACUGAUCGCCUUUUUCACUUAUGGCUUUAUAGGAGCACCAGUGACGUCUUUUUUUGUUCGGAUUGUUGGAAAGGGAGCUAGUUUUCAACCAAAGUCGCUUUUUUGUUCGCUGCUGCGGGCUCCGACCAUGGAGAUGCAGAAAUGGUCCUCAAGGUGGAAAACGAAAAGGUGGAUUUCGGAUUCCACUCUAACCAUAACCAUCGCUAUUACCUUCCUCCUGCAGGCUGCCAGUGUUAGAGCAGCCGAACCCGUGGAUGUCCUGAAAGUUCUAGAAUUUCACAGCUCUCCCGGAGGGGUUAGGAAAACGGCGGGAUUCUGCGAGAACAGGAGAGCGUCGCGCCCGGACACAGCCUACCGGGUGGGCAAGCAGGCACAGCUCAGCGCUCCCACCAAGCAGCUCUUUCCAGGAGGAGUCUUCCCGGAGGAUUUCUCCAUCCUCAUGACCAUCAAACCCAAGGCCGGCAUCCAGUCCUUCCUGCUGUCCGUGUACAAUGAGCAAGGCGUCCAGCAGUUGGGUGUUGAGAUUGGACGCUCUCCCGUCUUCCUGUACGAGGACCAGCAUGGGAAGCCUGCCCCCAACGAUUACCCUCUGUUCGGGAACAUCAACCUCGCCGACGGGAAGUGGCAUCGGGUAGCCAUAAGCGUCCAGAAGAAGACGGUGACCAUCAUUGUCGACUGUAAGAAGAAGGUGACCAAACCUCUGGGGAGAAGCGACCGCCCGGUCGUUAGCACCAACGGCAUCACCGUGUUCGGCACCAGGAUCCUGGAUGACGAAGUCUUCGAGGGUGACAUCCAACAGCUGCUGAUCGUGGCCGAUUCCCGCGCCGCUAACGACUACUGUGAACAUUACAGCCCAGACUGUGAAACCCCUCAUCGCGACACCCCCCAGGCUCAGCAACCCGAGGAAGAGUACACUACUGAUGACACGGAAUACGUUGAAUUCUAUGAUCCCUAUGAAGAUUUAGCUGAAACCGUGCCCACCCCAACAGAAGAAGAGUAUCCUGGACCUGAGCCAAACAAUGUCGAUGGGGAUGACUAUAUAGAGAGUGAAUUCGGGAUUGUAGAGGAUUAUUCAACCACAGCUCCUGAAACAGUGCAGCCAGACAAGGCGGUUGAAGAACAUUAUGAGGACUAUGUACCUGGAGGGGACGAGGUUGGUCUGGAGCCUACGGUUGCCACGGAGACCAUGGAAACCAAGGAAACUGUGGAUGUGGGAAUCGAUGAGUAUGACUUUAAAGAGUUUGACGUGAAGGAGACCGAUAUUAACGAGUUUGGGAAAAAGCAUUACGAAUAUGGGCCGUACGACGACUAUUUCGGGCCGGAGGCAAAGCCCACUGAAUCCAUACAUGAGGAGUUUGGGCCCGGUGUUCCGGCAGAGACCGAAUAUACCGAGAGCAAUGUCGGGGGAGGCGUAAGCUAUUCUGGAGAAAAGGGGGAAAAGGGUGAACCCGCUGUCAUUGAGCCGGGAAUGCUCGUAGAAGGACCCCCAGGACCUCCAGGCCCGGCUGGUCUUCCAGGUUCUGCUGGUCUACAAGGGUCCCCAGGUCCCACUGGAGAUCCAGGAGAAAGGGGUCCUGCAGGUCGGGCUGGCCUCCCAGGAGCAGAUGGGCUACCCGGUCCACCGGGUACCAUGCUGAUGCUGCCGUUCCGCUUCGGGGGAGAUGCCUCAAAAGGUCCGGUGGUGUCCGCCCAGGAGGCGCAGGCUCAAGCCAUCCUCUCGCAGGCCAGGCUCUCCAUGCGAGGCUCCCCAGGACCGAUGGGUCUCACAGGCAGGUCCGGGCCGGUGGGUGGCCCUGGAUCUCCCGGCCUCAAAGGGGACAGCGGCGAUCACGGACCCCCGGGUCCAAGGGGAACCCAAGGUCCACCAGGACAAGUUGGAAAAGCUGGAAAGAGGGGUCGGUCUGGAGCAGAUGGAGCCAGAGGAAUGCCGGGAGAAUCGGGUGGGAAGGGAGACAGAGGGUUCGAUGGGCUUCCCGGCCUGCCCGGAGAGAAGGGACACAGGGGGGAGGGUGGUCCUCCUGGCCCUCCUGGAUCUCCUGGAGACGACGGACAGAGAGGGGAAGAUGGCGAGAUUGGACCCAGGGGUCUUGCAGGAGACAGCGGUCCAAGAGGCUUGCUUGGUCCCAGAGGUUCAGCUGGUCCUCCCGGACAGCCUGGUAUUGGUGGUGUAGAUGGUCCCGCUGGUCCGAAAGGAAACAUGGGUCCUAAUGGAGAACCUGGGCCUCCUGGUCAGCAAGGAAUUCCUGGAUCUCAGGGUCUUCCUGGUCCUCAAGGCCCCAUCGGUCCCCCAGGUGAAAAAGGCCCUCUGGGCAAGCAAGGCCUGGCUGGCCUGGCGGGAGCCGACGGUCCCCCUGGACACCCAGGAAAAGAAGGACCACCAGGCGAGAAGGGGUCUGUGGGGCAUGGUGGUCCUCAGGGUCCCAUCGGGUACCCAGGCCCCCGCGGAGUGAAGGGUGCCGACGGCAUCCGCGGGCUCAAGGGCCACAAGGGCGAGAAGGGAGAGGACGGUUUUCCUGGUUUCAAGGGCGACAUGGGCCUCAAGGGCGAUCGGGGGGAGAAUGGCGUGCUGGGAUCCCGAGGCGAAGAUGGUCCGGAAGGCCCCAAAGGUCGCUCGGGGCCGUCUGGGGACACUGGACCAGUGGGUUCGGCUGGAGAGAAGGGGAAACUGGGUGUUCCAGGGCUGCCCGGCUACCCAGGAAGACAAGGGCCAAAGGGCUCCACCGGCUUCCCAGGAUUCCCAGGGGCCAACGGAGAGAAAGGAGCUCGGGGUACAGCUGGGAAGUCAGGGCCACGAGGGCAGAGAGGCCCGACGGGGCCUCGUGGGGCCCGCGGUGCUAGGGGCCCGACCGGAAAACCAGGCCUCAAGGGAACUUCAGGCAAUGAUGGCCCUCCAGGGGGCCCCGGUGAAAGAGGGCCCCAAGGACCCCAGGGCCCCGUUGGAUUCCCGGGGCCAAAAGGACCCCCAGGACCUCCUGGAAAGGAUGGACUGCCCGGCCACCCAGGGCAGCGUGGUGAGACCGGGUUUCAAGGGAAGACCGGUCCCCCAGGGCCUGGGGGUGUUGUGGGACCUCAGGGUCCUACUGGAGAGACUGGACCAAUCGGGGAGAGGGGUCACCCUGGACCACCAGGCCCACCUGGGGAACAAGGUCUCCCCGGAGCUGCAGGGAAAGAGGGGGGCAAGGGUGAUCCUGGACCACAGGGAGGCCCUGGGAAGGACGGUCCCGCUGGUCUGAGAGGAUUUCCUGGAGAGCGUGGUCUCCCUGGAACGCCAGGUCCAGGCGGCUUGAAAGGAGGGGAGGGGCCACCUGGUCCACCUGGCCCAGUCGGGUCCCCUGGGGAGAGGGGGGCAGCAGGAUCUGCUGGACCCAUUGGGCUCUCUGGGCGGACAGGCCCACAGGGACCCCCAGGCCCGGCCGGAGAGAAGGGGGGACCGGGUGAGAAAGGGCCGAUGGGACCAGCAGGACGAGAUGGCAUCCAGGGCCCUGUUGGCCUCCCAGGGCCAGCCGGACCUCAAGGGCCUCCCGGAGAGGACGGUGACAAGGGAGAAGUCGGUGAACCGGGUCAGAAGGGAAGCAAGGGAGACAAGGGAGAACAAGGUCCCUCUGGUCCCAGUGGGCUUCAAGGUCCCAUUGGCCAACCUGGACCUGCCGGUUCAGAUGGGGAGGCGGGGCCUCGUGGCCAGCAAGGCAUGUUCGGCCAGAAGGGAGACGAAGGUGCUCGGGGCUUCCCCGGCCUGCCGGGUCCGAUUGGACUGCAGGGUCUUCCCGGUCCACCAGGAGAGAAAGGUGAAAACGGGGAUGUCGGCCCAAUGGGUCCCCCUGGCCCCCCAGGACCAAGAGGACCGCAAGGAUCUAGCGGGGCGGACGGUGCCCCAGGUCCACCCGGAGGCAUAGGGCCCAUGGGUGGUGUCGGAGAAAAGGGGGAGAAUGGUGAAGCUGGGAAUCCUGGACCACAAGGAGAGCAAGGAACUGGGGGCCCCAAAGGGGAGAGGGGAGAGAAGGGUGAGGCCGGACCCCCCGGUGCUGCUGGACCUGCUGGUCCCAAGGGACCCCCCGGAGACGACGGUCCUAAGGGGAACCCGGGUCCAGUUGGAUUUCCUGGAGACCCCGGGCCCCCUGGUGAGCCAGGUGUUGCUGGUAUCGACGGCUUGGGUGGCGAGAAGGGAGAAGAUGGAGAAGCUGGUCAGCCUGGUCCAUCUGGUCCUUCCGGAGAAGCGGGGCCACCUGGACCUCCCGGAAAGAGGGGCCCCCCAGGAAUGGCCGGAGCUGAGGGGAGACAAGGAGAAAAGGGAGCUAAGGGUGAAGCUGGAGCAGAGGGACCGGCAGGCAAAACCGGGCCGGUUGGACCCCAGGGGCCCCCUGGGAAGCCCGGUGCGGAGGGUCUGCGUGGAAUUCCCGGGCCUGUGGGAGAACAAGGACUCCCUGGUUCUCCUGGACAAGACGGACCUCCAGGACCUCUGGGUCCACCCGGACUCCCGGGCCUGAAAGGUGACCCUGGUUCAAAGGGUGAAAAGGGCCACCCUGGUCUGAUCGGUCUUAUCGGGCCCUCUGGCGAGCCGGGAGAGAAGGGAGACCGUGGCUUGCCUGGGCAGCAAGGUACCGCAGGGGCCAAGGGAGACGGCGGAGUCACUGGUCCUUCCGGUCCCCUCGGUCCACCCGGCCCUCCUGGUCUGCCUGGUCCCCAAGGUCCAAAAGGUUCCAAAGGGUCAUCAGGUCCCGCUGGCCAAAAAGGAGACACAGGAAUGAUCGGGCCGCCUGGUCCACCUGGUCCGCCUGGCGACAUCAUCCAACCGUUACCGAUCCAGACCCCGAGAAAGAGCAGGCGGUCGUCCGACGUCCAGGGCGAUGAGGCCAUGGCGGACUAUGGAGAAGGAAUGGAGGAUAUUUUCAGCUCCCUCAACAACCUCAAGCAGGAUGUUGAGCGCUUGAAGUUCCCCUUGGGCACGCAGGACAACCCCGCCAGAACCUGUAAAGACCUACAGCUCAGCCAGCCUGACUUCCCAGACGGCGAAUACUGGGUCGAUCCCAACCAAGGCUGCUCGGGCGACUCCUUCAAAGUGUACUGUAACUUCACCUCGGGUGGCGAGACCUGCAUCUACCCUGAUAAGAAGUCUACUGGAGUCAGGUUAUCUUCCUGGCCAAAAGAGGCUCCAGGAUCAUGGUUCAGUGAAUUUAAGCGUGGUAAAAUACUCUCAUAUGUGGACGUGGAGGACAACACGAUAAACAUGGUCCAGAUGACCUUCCUGAAACUGCUAAGCGCCUCUGCCCGCCAGAACUUCACCUACACCUGCCAGCAGUCUGUAGCCUGGCAUGAUGCCAAGAUGAACAGCUACGACAGAGCGUUGAGGUUCUUGGGCUCCAACGACGAGGAGAUGUCCCACGACAACAACCCCUACAUCCACGCCCUCUCAGAUGGCUGCGCAUUGAGGCAGGGCUUUGGAAAGACAGUGAUGGAGAUCAACACUCCCAAAAUCGACCAGGUGCCAAUCAUCGAUGUGAUGCUAAAUGACUUUGGCGACCCGAACCAGAGGUUUGGCUUUGAGGUGGGGCCUGUCUGCUUCAUGGGCUAGACCAACACGAAGGCACAGAGCGGCGAGGCGGAAGUCGCAGCGUGGCGCCGCCAAACCCAUCCGCACACCCUGCACGUUUCCAUUAAGAGCGGCGUAGAGAGCCUCGCCGCGAAUGCGUUACCUAUAAAACACUCAUUGCCCUUGUAGGGCCAGAAUCACAUGACUUAAACCUGUUAUGGAUCGUGAUGGACAGUGGCUGCCGGGAUAAGCGACAACUCCAGGAGGUCCUCAGACGAACGGGAACCUCUCCCCUUGGCUACAUCCUUUGUCUUCUCCACGUGCUGUACAAGAAUCAACCACAACCACAAAGGUGCUUGUGAGCAGAGUAAGAGGUGCUACAUAGUUCUAUUUCCAUAAACUGUUAUUAUUAUUUGAAUCCACUGAAUCCACUUUAAAAAGGUGCAUGUAUUUCAAAUGUAUUUGGUUCGUAAUUAUAAUGUAUGUUAUAUAUGUACAUGUGUGCAUAUAUGUAUAUAUAAAUAUAUACAUAUAUACAGGCAGACAGAUAACAGACCAUUUUAGUACAAAACAAUACCCUUUAAGGAGUACACAAGACUAACAUUUUUACAACUUCAGUCCUCUAUUAUAAAUUAAAAUCCAUUUCCUUUUUGUUUGUCGGGCAACAAAAAAGUGUGUUUAAUUCUUGAAUCGAGUCGUAGGAUUUCAGGUCUCACCAGAGCUGUCCCCGAACACAGGCCCACUGUCGCUCGUCAGGGUUAUGCGUGCCCAAGUAGACCAACAAAAGCUCUGUGCUUGUCUUAGCUCAGCGUUCAAGCCAAAAGAUACCGUUCUGAGUGGGGGGGGGCGGGGGGGAGGGGCAGUAACGUUGUAGUGAGAUGACAGUAGUUCUAUAAGGUUUCGUUUAUCGUACAACGGGUGCUGUAUUCGUGUCUUUUUUACCUGGCGGUAUACCUCAGUCAAUCAACAACUGUUUGGAAGCAACGAUGUUGUACUCUGUAUAUACCUUCGUUAAGCAAUUAAGUAUAUAUUUGGGGUGGGGAAUUUCUCAAGAGGAAAAUUCUUAUCUUUAGAUUUGUGAAUGCAACGAUUACAUCUUUUAGGUAACCCAUUUUUGUAACUAAAACAAGAAAAUGUUUCAAUGUGCUUUUUUUGGUUCAUUUCGAAUAUUAAAACUGGAUUCAAAACAGUGAUUCGGAUGUGUGCAUUGUUUACUUCUUUGUAAAAAAAAAAAAAGAUGACAAGUAAAUAUUAAAUUAUUUAAUUUGACCAUUAACUUUAUAUCGUAUUUCUGGUUUCAAAAUAAGACCAUCGAUGACAUAAUAUGUCUAGGUCAUGUGAUUCUUCCUUACAAAGUUGCCAUUCUGGUACGUUUCUCUUCAGAAUUUGCUAUAACUGACCCAGAUCUUUUGCAGAUCUGUCUCCUAAAUUUAACGUCCUUUUUUUCUUUCAUUGUUUUCGUUUUUUCACGUAAUACUGUCUCAUAGCUGCCGUCACAGUAGAAACAUUUUUCACUCUGAAAAAUCUUUCUGUGUAACUAUUUCAUAAUAUAUGUAAGACUUGAAAUAAAUUUUUUGUGUUUGCUUGAUAAAAUUAAUUGGACAGUGCUGGGAUCGUAUUAUAUAAAGUUGUUUUGUUUGUGUGUUUUGUUAUUAUUUUAUUUCAUUUCAUUUGUCAUUCACAAAAUUGAUUUCGACUGAAGUAUGUUUGUUAAAACUGACUUUCCAUCCUUUUUAGACCAAAGAAACCAUUUCUUGAAUAGCCGUCAUGCCCAACUUUCAUGCCUUUUCAUGUCUCAUUGAUGUCUAUUUUAAACACGUCUCUCUUAACAGCAUUCUGUGGAAGCUGGUGUAUUUUAUUUUUUUUUUUUAAUUAAAUGAUGUUAUUCGAAAUGAACGACUAACUGUAAAGCAGGAAUAUCGAUGGAGGCCUUGACUGUUUGAAGACUUUCUAAUCAGCUUACUAAAGAGUCCUUAUUUAUGAAGUUGUAAAUGAUGUAAAUUUCAAACAUCUUCUCGCUUUCUUUCACAUCCAUAAUUUCUUUUUAUUUUUGAGCCCAUGUCAAUGCAAGCUCUGUCAAUUGUGCUAAACAUCUGGCUUUAAAAAAGAAAAAAACUAACUUUUGCAUAUGAGGGCUGUCAUUUAAAGGAAAUGGGUUUAUUAGCUGUCUGGUAAUUGUAUUUUACCAGUAUAAUGCCUUUGUUACAAAUAGCUUGUUAAUGAAAGCCACUUUUUUUGUAAUAUACGUCAGAACCUUACAUUUGUUAAAUAUGUAAUAUAAAAUGUUUUAAUAUUACGGUUAACACCUGGGACACGAAAGGUAGAACGUCAAGCCAUCACAGUUUUUUUAUAUCAAACAUUCCAAUAUGACUACACAGUCAUCCACCGUAACCAUCCACCGUAACCAUACAGCCUUGUUUAUUAAAGAUAACUUGGGAAUUAUUGAAAUUUCACACCAUGUAGCACUGUUUAAACCAAUUUAGCAGUAAAGUUGUUUCACUCAAUCCUCGAUUAUGUUAUAGAUGGUAAAUAAUGGAUGUGAAACGUAACAGCAGGUGACGACCACUUUAUUUGCAUAAUUAGAUGGAUAAAGAGGAGAAUUACCUGCUGGCAACCUAUACUUCCAGUGUAUUAAAGUUGGGUUGUAAAGUCUA